AUGUCAGUUUCGCCAAAUGGGUUCCUACAACUCCCAGGAAUCAGAAUAGAUUCAGAGGGAUCUGGGAUAAAUACUCAGCCUAGUGACCGCUCUCUUUCACACAGCACACCACAAGGUCUGAGCCCUUCUUCUGCGCUGUCGUCGAAUUCAGAAGUAUUGUCACUAGAGGGGGCGCCGAGUAACUGUGAUAGAAGCUCUCUAUCAAUUAGUCGGCCUUCAUCUUCAUUAUGGGAUGCAGCGACCCUUCGGGACAGGUCGGCAUCAUUCGCGUCCACAAAUACCACAUUGUUGAGGUCGCGGGCUGACUCAACCGCUGCUUCUGAUGUUACUAAAUGUGUCACUUAUGAUAAUAUUUCCGCCUCAGAAGCCUUAAAACCAGAUCCCCGAUAUGCCGGUGACUUUGUUGUCGAAGACAAUAAUUUUGCCUUCUCGCCUGGUCAUUUGAACAAAAUGUUGAAUCCAAAGUCAUUACCGGCAUUUUUAGCUAUGGCUGGUCCUAAUGGACUAUCUCACGGACUCCGAACCGACUUGUCUGCCGGGCUUUCAAUUGACGAAACAAAGCUUUCUGGCCAUGUCACUUUUGAGGAGGCCACCACAUGCAAACCUUCUGACAAACGGAAGAUUGACAAAGUGGAAUGUGAUACAUCGGCUUCUACUUCUGGAGAGCAAUUCUCUGACAGGAUACGAGUAUUUGGCCGUAAUGUAUUACCCGAUCGCAAGACAAAUGGCUUUUUUAAACUCUUCUGGGAAGCCUACAAAGAUAAGAUAAUCAUUCUCCUGACUAUAGCUGCCGUGGUUUCGAUUUCUCUAGGCGUGUAUGAGGCUCUGAGCGGAGGAUCAAAGGUUGACUGGAUUGAAGGCGUCGCUAUCUCUGUCGCAAUUCUACUUGUAACAAUUGCUACAGCAGCCAACGACUGGCAAAAGGAAAGACAAUUUGCGAGAUUAAAUAAAAGGAAAGAAGACAGACAAGUCAAAGCUAUCCGUUCUGGGAAAGAGAUGGUAAUAUCUGUGUUCGAUGUCGUGGUAGGUGAUAUACUACACCUUGAACCCGGUGAUUCUCCGCCUGCAGAUGGAGUAUUUAUCUCCGGGCAUGGAGUCAAAUGCGAUGAAUCGUCAGCAACAGGGGAAUCUGACGCGAUGGACAAAACUCCGGGACGGGAGGUUUGGCAGCAACUCAAUGACGGAAAACCUGGCGACCUUGACCCUUUCAUUAUAUCGGGAAGCAAAGUUCUUGAAGGUGUCGGAACAUAUCUUGUCACUAGUGUUGGGCCAUACUCCUCCCACGGACGUAUUAUGGCCUCAUUGCAGACGACUAAUGAAUUGACACCAUUGCAAGUCAAACUUGGAAAAUUGGCAGAUUGGAUUGGUUGGCUAGGAUCAGGUGCAGCUGCUGUUCUUUUCUUGAUUCUCCUUAUCCAAUUUCUUACUGAAUUGCCAAGUAAUCCUGCAAGCCCGGCGGUCAAAGGUCAGGAAUUUAUGGAUAUUCUCAUUGUUGCCGUUACCGUAAUUGUUGUAGCUGUUCCUGAAGGUCUUCCACUUGCCGUUACCCUUGCUUUAGCAUUCGCUACGACUCGAAUGGUCAAAGAGAACAAUCUCGUUCGCGUGCUCAGGGCGUGUGAGACAAUGGGAAAUGCGACAGUCAUAUGUAGCGAUAAAACGGGAACUUUGACGCAGAAUAAAAUGACGGUUGUUGCCAGUGUUUGGGGCUACAAUCUCCAGUCCAGUCAAUUGUCACUCGACGAGGAAAACCAAGAGCCGCAGCGUACCGUUUCAGAGUUAUUCAGAGGCUUCUCAGAGACAAUCAAAAGUCUCGUAGUUAAAAGCAUAGCUCUCAACUCCACGGCAUUUGAGGAUGAGAAAGAUGGAAAAACAGAAUUCAUUGGUAGCAAAACUGAAGUUGCAAUGCUUCAGCUUGCCAAAGACCAUCUAGGUAUCAACAUACGCGAGGAAAGAGCAAAUUCCGAGGUCAUUGAGCUGUACCCUUUCAAUUCGUCACGAAAGUGCAUGGCAGUCGUAUACCGAGACCCUUCAGUCGGAUAUCGACUUCUCGUCAAAGGAGCCGCCGAGUUAAUGCUGGCUUCUUCCGUUUUCGCAAUUACAACCGAGUCAGAUCAAGACUUAACCACUUCUCCCUUAACAGAACAUACACGACAUCAAAUCUCCAAUCAAAUCAACCAAUAUGCGAAAAGUUCCCUUCGCACAAUUGCCAUGGUCUAUCGAGAUUUUUCUUCUUGGCCACCAACAAAAUCUCAGGCUCGGAAAGAUUCGUCAGUACCAGAAUUUGAAAGCAUUUUCAAUGACAUGACAUGGAUUGGUGUAGUCGGAAUCCAAGAUCCACUUCGACCAGAAGUUCCUGCGGCAAUCAAGAAAUGUAAUAACGCUGGCGUGCAAGUAAAGAUGGUCACCGGAGAUAAUCUAGCAACAGCCACAGCCAUUGCGACAGCAUGUGGUAUCAAGACUGAAGAUGGCCUUGUUAUGGAAGGUCCCGAGUUUCGCCAACUAUCAGAUGGGGAACUGGAUAGGGUGGUGCCUCAUCUUCAAGUUCUUGCUCGUUCUUCGCCUGAUGAUAAACGAAUUCUUGUGGAACGUCUCAAGCAUCUUGGUGAGAUUGUGGCUGUGACUGGAGACGGCACUAACGAUGGUCCUGCCCUGAAGACCGCAAAUGUCGGCUUCUCCAUGGGGAUAUGUGGUACUGAAGUGGCUAAAGAAGCGAGUUCCAUAAUUCUAUUGGAUGACAAUUUCAAGUCUAUUGUUACAGCCAUUGCAUGGGGCCGAGCAGUUAAUGAUGCUGUUGCCAAAUUUUUACAGUUUCAAAUCACGGUUAAUAUUACCGCAGUAAUCCUGACUUUUGUAUCCUCAAUAUACAGCGGAUCGCAUGAAAGCGUCCUCAGCGCUGUACAACUGUUGUGGGUGAAUCUUAUUAUGGAUACAUUCGCUGCAUUAGCAUUAGCGACCGAUGGGCCAACCGAUAAGAUACUUGACAGAAAGCCUACCCCAAAAAAUGCAUCACUGUUCACGAUGACCAUGUGGAAAAUGAUCAUAGGUCAAUCCAUUUACAAGCUCGCUGUGACAUUCACCUUGUAUUUUGCCGGAAAGGGCAUUCUUGGCUCAGUUCUUGACGACAACAACACUCAACUUCAACUCAAUACUAUCAUAUUCAACACUUUUGUUUGGAUGCAGAUAUUUAACGAACUAAACAAUCGACGUUUAGACAACAAAUUCAACAUAUUUGAAGGCAUACUUCGAAACUAUUGGUUCCUGGGCAUUAACUGCAUCAUCAUAGGAGGUCAAAUCUUGAUCAUAUUUGUUGGCGGUAUGGCUCUUGGAGUCACCCCUUUAAAUGGCGUCCAAUGGGCCAUUUGUCUUUUGUGUGGCGUUGGUUGUUUACCUUGGGGCGUACUUUUGCGACUUCUCCCUGACCGUUACUUUGCAAUUGCGUUUGACUUUGCCGUUUCUCAAGUCUCGUUACUUCUUCGACCUUUUGUGAAAGGAUCUGAGUACCUUUCCGCCGUCUUCAAAAAGGCAAUGAGCUCGAUAUCUCGACUGUUUAUGAAAAGGCCCAGGCAUGUUGAAGAGCCUAGCUACGUGGACGAAGAGGCAAAGGGACCUGCUAAAAAGCAAACCCACGUAGCUGCUGACUCUGUUACGUCGAAUCCGCCUCCAAUAACCGUCACGACUGUCACUUAG